ACAGCCUCCAAGCAGGAGUGCCCGUAACUUGUCACCAAAGAUGGCGAUUUGCUGAGUGCUCAUGGAUACACACAUUUCUCGGCUAGUUGUUAUCUUACUCAAAACGCGAACCUGAGACACAGACUGACUUUUUUUUCCUUUAGUGCGCCGCUCUUUUUCCAGUUUGAAGCACACCGGACGCCGCCAUGCAGAUCACUCUGAAAACGCUGCAGCAGCAGACGAUUCAGAUUGAAAUAGACCCCGAACAAACGGUCAAGGCCUUGAAGGAGAAGAUAGAGGCUGAACGAGGAAAAGACAACUUUCCUGUUUCUGGGCAGAAGCUGAUAUACGCCGGGAAAAUCUUGCAAGACGAUACGCCAAUCAAAGACUACAAAAUCGAUGAGAAGAAUUUUGUUGUAGUGAUGGUAUCCAAGGCUAAGCCUGCAGCCACGACCUCGGCACCAGCCCCGGAAGCCCCCAAGCCCCCCGCACAGGACUCUGGCUCCACAUCAACCGCUGCCCCGCCUUCAAAUCCUCCUGCUGCACCCACCCCUGCAGCUGUCCCUAUUCCUCCUGAGGAGGCCAAACAGGAGCAAAGUGCCGAAGCCACAGAACCACAGCAGCCCGCCAGCUCCAGCGGCGGGAAUCAGGGCCUGGACGCCUCUUCAGCGUUGGUGACUGGAGCGGAGUACGAGGCCAUGCUGACGGAGAUCAUGUCUAUGGGAUACGAGAGGGAGCGAGUGGUGGCGGCGCUGCGGGCCAGCUUCAACAACCCGCACAGAGCCGUGGAGUACCUCCUCACUGGUAUUCCCAGCAGCCCCGUGCAAGAAAGCAACCCCCCAGUGCAGCCCCCCACCUCUGGAUCCACAGACGCCCCCUCUCUAGCAGAAGGGGAGAACCCGCUGGCUUUCCUGCGCACCCAGCCUCAGUUCCUGCACAUGAGACAGGCCAUCCAGCAGAACCCCGCCCUGCUGCCCACCCUCCUCCAGCAGCUCGGCCGCGAGAACCCCCAACUUCUACAGCAAAUCAGCCAACACCAGGAGCUGUUCAUUCAGAUGCUGAACGAGCCGGUGGGGGAGGGAGGAGACCCCCCAGAGGUGGGUGAGAUGGGGGCGGCAGGUGAGGAGGGAGCGCCUGUCAACUACAUCCAGGUGACACCUCAGGAGAAGGAAGCCAUAGAAAGGUUAAAAGCGUUGGGGUUCCCCGAAGCCCUCGUGAUCCAGGCCUACUUUGCCUGCGAGAAGAACGAGAACCUGGCAGCCAACUUCCUCCUCAACCAGGGUCUGGAGGACGACUGAACAGGAGCUGCCCCCUCCCCCUCCCGCCCUUCCUCUCCCCUCAGCAUAAAGACUGCAACUCCCCCCUCCCCCCUCGAGAUUCACUGUACAGCUACCCGGGGGAGGAGAGCUGUCCGGGGGAGGGGGUUGGAACGGUGGCGGCGGGGCUGAGGGACGGGAAGGGGGAGGGACAUCUCGGAGGGAAAGAGACGGGGGGGUGGGGUGUAAAGGUCAAACGGAGGUGAAGGCGUAGAAGAAGUGUGGAAGAAAGAUGAAAAAAAUCCACGUGAAUUCCAAUGGAAUGUGUGGGGUUCGUUUAGGGGAGAUCUCUAAUUUGAUUUUAGGCGCGCUUUGUGAACAUAUGGGGGAGGGGGAGGGGGGAGUGCGUGUCUUGCGUGUGUGGAUCCAUGUCUGAUGUCCAUGUCAUGCCUGAGCAGGUGGAGGCCACACGGCCCGGCUGGAGGAGACGACCUGUUCAUGCUGUGGAGCGGCCGUCCUCACUGCUCCUCGUGUGAGCGUCCAAAAAUGACAGCGCCUCGCCGCGCCCGGGAGCUCAACCAGCAACCUGCAGCCUCAGGAAUCGCCCGGUGGCAGUCGCAGAGCUCGGACUGAUGCAUGCCUUUAGCGAACGCCCCCCAAACCACUAGAACCUUCUCUGAGCCGAGCUCUGCGACUGCUGGACCCUCAACCCCACGUCUGCCAAUUCGCUCCGUUUCUGCGGGAACUGACAGUGAUGACAUCACAUUUGGGGGGGAAAAAAAGUUUUGGGGGGGGGCAACAAAACAAAUUUAAAGGAACAGAUGGGGUUGAGUCACCCAAAUAAAAGCCUAAAGACUUUUCUGGUGCAGAACGGCGGCAGGUUUGAUGUCCAGAGAUCUUCAGGCUGUUGGCGUUGAGCUUCCUGGUCUGUGAGGCGGCGUCCUGCGAGCUGCAUCUGUGUUCAGGCAGUCUUACUGAUGGUUGUCCUACAGCAUCAACAUGAUCUCAGACUCUGCUGUGCUACAUUAAAUAUCAGCAGUCUUUCAGGCAA